AUGGAGUUUCACUUUCUUCUUAUCUUUGCUUCAUCUCUUUCGCAGUCAAAAUCAAAUCAGGGUAUUGAGCAUUCUAUUUCAAGUUCUCUUGGUGCUAUUGAACCUGCCAAGGACAUUUUAGAGAGGGACCGCAAUGUCAUUGAUGCAUCUUGGGUUUCUGAGAUUGAUAGAGCAAUGAAGAAGUAUUCUGAUAAUCUGAUGCAUGCAAUGGACGGUGUUAGUGCACGACUAUCCCAAUUGGAGACAAUGACCCGCAACCUUGAAAAUUAUGUGGAUGAUCUGAAGGUGUCUGUUGGAAACAAUCAUGGAAGCACUGAUGGAAAAUUAAGACAGCUGAAGAAUAUUCUCAGAGAGGAUGGAGGCAUUAAGUUUGCCUCCAUCCACUUUGACAGAGGCAUAAGAUGCCUCCGUCCAAGUAAUGGAGGCAUGGACGGAGGCAAUGGAGGCAAACCAUGCCUCCGUCCAAGUGGAUGGAGGCAAACCAUGCCUCCAUCCACUUGGAUGGAGGCACGGCGAUGUCUCCAUCCUGGAUGGAGGUGUCCCUGCGCGCUCGCGGAGAAACACCCGUGUGCCUCGCCUCCAUGCACAAUUUUUUUUUUUAUUACUACUAAUAACAUUCUUUUCUUUUGUCUUGAUUGCUCCAACUGGAAGGAAAAUAAAAGAGGUGGCCUAGGAGGACUAAACAAACUAUGUGGUGUUUCUCCUGAACUACAAACCAUCUAA